UUCCCCGCCUCCUGCCAGGCCCGCUGCGGCCUGGGCUUUGGCUGCGCUCGGGGUGAAUCGCGGCCGCUGGGUCCCGGCGAGAUCCCCGACCCCGGCGGCUGGUGCUGGGAGCCCGGAGCCCGGGCUGCAGCCGGGAGAGGGGAACCUCCAGCCGGGCCCUGCCCGCUGCUCCCCGGGAGCCUCUCCCAGGGCAGAGCCCCCAGCCCGGCCAGGGCCCCUUCCCGGCCCGGCCCCUGCCCCGGGGGCCCCGCUCGGAGGGAAGGCUGAGGAAUCACAUCCACGUUUCACUCCCGAUGGUCCCAUCCUCCUAGGAAACAGGGAAGGGAAGUGGCUGUGGUGGAGCCAGUUCAGGAUUCCCCAUUACCAAACCUGAGCUGAUCACCGGGUUGGAACGAGGGGAAGAACCAGGGGAUCUCUAGGCCUCCAAGGGAGAUCCUGAGGGGCACCCACACUGGUGAGGAGUCCGUGAAACUGACAGAGAAACCAUCUGUGUGGAGAGCUCACCUAGCAACUACCCAGCUGAGCAUGCCGGCUCCACGCGGCAGACGGGCUCCUGCUUGGAGUACGCCAGAGGUGGUGGAUCUCCUGGGCCUGUGGGGACAGGAUGACGUGCAGGCACAGCUCCGAAACAGUCGUAGGAACUUCGACAUCUACAGCCAAAUUGCUCGGGGCAUGGAGGAGAAGGGCUACGACAGGGACCCGCAGCAGUGCCGCGUAAAAAUCAAGGAGCUGCGGCAGGCGUACCAGAAGGCAAAGGAGGCAAAUAGUCGCUCUGGGGCGGAGCCGCAGACGUGCCGCUUCUACAAGGAGCUGCACGCCAUCAUCGACGGCGACUCCACCUCCACUGUCAAGCGUCCCAUGGAUACUUUGGGGGACCUGGAGUCACAGGGCACCGGGGUGAACCCUGAGAUCGAGGUGAUGAUCAAGGAAGAGGAGGAAGAGGAGGAGGAGGAGUAUGGGGGACAGGCGACAGGGGGAUCCGGCGGCGUGGCGAGCCAGGACUUCUUUUUGACUCCUGAGCAGUCUAGCCAGUCCCAGCAGUCCAGCCCCGGGGAGCCUGAUGCAGGGGAGGGAACCUCUGCAGCUGCAAAUGCGGCCUUGAGGGCCUCUCCGUCCACCCCAGAGGAGCGGCUGGGCCAGGUGAGGAGGAGAAAGAAGAGGACAAGGGAAGACAUGUUUCAGGAGGUCCUGCGAGCCUCCCGUGCUUCGGAGCGCGAGCAGAGGGCUUGGAGGGUAAUGAUCAAUGACAAAAUGCAGAGGGAUAGCGAGGACAGGAGAAACGGGCAGCAAGAGAUGAUCACGUUGCUCCGGGAGCAGACAGACAUGCUGCGGUCUCUGAUUGAACUUCAGGCUGAACACAUCCGUGCUCGCCUCCCCCUGCAGCCCAUAGAGAACUGCAUUCCGGGACCUCCCUUUACUGGCCUCCACGUAACUUCCGGGCCUGGAGCAGUACCCCAGGCCCUCCACCCCACGGAAGAUUACACACAAUGACAGCUGCACGAACACCCAGCUGUGAGAGCAUCUUGAGUGUAUGUGCUUGUGAAUUCCCUCUUCCUUCCCCUUCAAAGAUACUUUCCCCUGUAUGUAUGAAGUUUUUACUUUAGCAUUACCUAGGUAUGUUUGCAUAGGUGUGGAAUAAAAAUGUAAAUUCAGUUUU